CCUUACAAAAAUCACCCACAUAGAACAAUUUCAUUACAAACCAUAAAAGGAAAAAAUGGCCUCCUACAUGAAAUCAUCCAUGAUACUUUUCUUUGCUUCCACCCUCUUUCUCCAAGGCGCUUUAGGGGAAAUCAUAUGUGAAAACUUGCCAACAAAUGUAUGCUCGUUUUCGAUCGCAUCAUCCGGGAAGAGGUGUUUAUUGGAGAACUCAGAGAAAGAGGAUGGAAAGAUGAAGUACCAAUGCAAGACAUCAGAGGUUAUUGUUGGGAACAUAGCAGAGUAUAUUGAGACAGAUGAAUGUGUUAAUGCAUGUGGUGUUGAUAGAAACUCUGUGGGCAUAUCUUCGGAUGCUUUGCUUGAACCUCAAUUUACUGCAAAACUUUGUUCCCCUGCUUGUUAUCAGAAUUGUCCCAAUGUUGUUGAUCUUUACUUCAACUUGGCUGCUGGAGAAGGAGUAUAUUUGCCAGAUUUGUGCAACAAGCAAAGAAGCAGCCCACACCGUGCCAUGAUUGAACUAUUGAGCAGUGGAGCUGCUAUGGAUGCCUCUGCCCCUAUUGCCUCUGAAGAUGUUGUUGUUGGUGCUCCUGAUAUUUCCCCUGCUUCUUUCUAAUUUAUAUAGCCAAUACAAACACCUUCUAAAAUAACACGUAUAUAAUUUAUACUAUAGUCCAAGUCAUUUUCCUUCAUGCAAAGGAAAUGUGGAACAAGUAUUUAUAUUACUAGUAUUUGUUAGUACAAUAUUACUGUUAUUGUUGUAUAGUGAGAGAGGGAGAGAUGAGAUUUUGAUCUCAUUGUUUAUCUUUCAUAGGAUUUAUAGGAAUUCGUUGUGAGAAUCUGUUCACCAGUUUUUCUUCGGCUGAUACUUCAAUAAAAACUUUGGUUAAUUUA